UUCAGGAAUAAAAUGAUGGCUAUUUUCCAUCUUUCCACGCAGGUUGGAAUUGACUUCACGGCAUCCAAUGGAAAUCCUCGGGAUCCGACAUCUUUGCACUACAUUAACCCCAUGGGGACAAAUGAAUACCUUUCAGCUAUCUGGGCAGUAGGGCAGAUUAUCCAAGACUAUGACACAGACAAAAUGUUUCCUGCCUUGGGAUUUGGUGCUCAACUACCACCAGACUGGAAGGUUUCUCAUGAAUUUGCUAUUAACUUUAAUCCUACCAACCCUUUUUGCUUAGGUGUCGAAGGUAUCAUCCAAGCCUACUCGAGUUGCCUGCCUCACAUUCGCUUUUACGGACCAACCAACUUCUCCCCCAUCAUUAAUCACGUGGCUCGGUUUGCAGCCCAAGCAACCCAACAGGAGUCCGCCAGCCAAUACUUCAUCCUCCUGAUCAUCACUGAUGGCGUCAUCAGCGACAUGGAUGAGACACGGCAUGCUGUUGUACAGGCCUCCAAGCUGCCCAUGUCUAUUAUCAUCGUUGGGGUUGGGAAUGCAGACUUUGCAGCCAUGGAGUUUCUCGAUGGAGACAACCGCACGCUUCGGUCGUACACAGGCGAGGAGGCUGUGCGGGAUAUUGUCCAAUUUGUGCCAUUCCGCGAAUUCCGCAGUGCACCCAAAGAAACUUUGGCAAAAGCCGUGUUGGCAGAACUUCCACAGCAAGUGGUUCAGUACUUCAAGCACCAGAAUUUGCCGCCCCUCAACUCGGAACCCGCUUAGGACUAACCUGCUGCUCCUUGCCUGCAUGUAUCCCAAAUCCGUUGAUGACAGAAGAUUGCAUGUCUCCCGUGGUUUCAAAUAACUUUUUAUUUAACUGAUUUAAUAAAAGGAACAAAGCAUACCCUGAUCCCCCAAAAUGCAACCUGCAACAUAGGGAUCUGCACUCAGAGCUCCUGGAACAAAACAACCCACUGCGGCCAAUACAGGACGUUCUCCCCACCUUGAUUCCACAAAUCAACUUUUAAGUAUUUUAAUGUUCUUUGUAUGAUUUUUGUGGAAUGAGGGAACAUUUUUACAACCAGAACUUACGGUCUCCAGAGUGAAGUUCUCAAAAUCUCAUUGCCCAAAGACAUGUGGACCAUCCUUCGAUGUGUUGUACUUGUACUUCUCCCACUCUAUGUUCAUUUUUAUACCAUGUACACAUAUUUGUUAUACUCAGGUUAAUAAACAACCCUGAACUCUUCA